AACUGCAAGAACAUCAAAAUGCCUAAUCUUGAACAUCCAGCAUAUCCAGCAGCCAAGCUGCUUCAGUUAGAAAGUUUGGUGCCUUGUCGAGAAUCCCAGGUGUCCUUGUUGCUGUCUAUAUUUGGAGAGCGUGAGCAGUUUAGUUUUCCAUCCAUCUUUAUCUAUGGACAUAGAGCUAGUGGAAAGACCUAUGUGAUGCACACUCUUCUAAACACCUUACAGCUUCCUCAUGUAUUUGUGAACUGUGUGGAAUACUUUACUUCACGACUUCUUUUAGAAGAAAUUCUCAUCCAGCUGCAAAGCUAUUCUGAGGCAGAACAGGCUUCUCAUGUGCCUUGCGAUACCUUAAACGACUUCGUACGUCUGUUUAAACAAGCUGUUGCAAGUCAAGAACUUCAACAUCAAACAUUAUACAUUGUGCUGGAUAGAGCAGAGCAGCUGAGGGAAAUGGAAGCAAACAUACUGCCAUCGUUUCUCAGGCUUCAGGAAUUGACUGACAGAAACGUGACCGUUGUCCUGCUCAGCGAAAUCGUAUGGGAACUGUUUCGCCCAAACACUGGAUGCCUUGAGCCAGUCACCUUGUAUUUUCCUGACUACAGCAUUGGACACCUGCAGAAGAUCUUGUCUCAGCAUCAUCCCCCAUUGUAUUCUGCAGAUUUCUAUGCUGCGUAUAUCAAUAUUCUGCUUGGUGUCUUCUACAUGGUCUGUAGGGACCUGAAAGAACUUCAGCAUCUGGCAGCUCUCAAUUUUUCGAAAUACUGUGAACCUGUGGUCAGAGGAGAAGCAAAUGAACGUGACACCCGCAAACUGUGGAAAAACAUUGAACCUCAUUUGAAGAAGGCAAUGCAGACUGUUUAUCUCCGGGAAAUAUCCAGCUCACAGUGGGAGCGCUUACAGCGUGACGAUGGAGAACCUGGGCAGUUGAAAGGACUUUCUGCACAUACACAUGUGGAACUUCCUUAUUACUCCAAAUUCCUUCUCAUAGCGGCUUACCUUGCCUCCUACAAUCCUGUUAGGACAGAUAAGAGGUUCUUUAUCAAGCAUCAUGGCAAAAUUAGAAAGACUAAUUUUAUGAAGAAACAUGAAAAGACCAGCAAUCACCUCCUUGGACCAAAACCAUUUCCCCUGGACAGGUUGCUAGCAAUAUUAUAUAGUAUCGUAGACAACAGAGUUGCUCCAACUGCAAAUAUAUUUUCCCAGAUCACCUCUCUUGUGACGCUCCAACUGUUAUCCAUGGUUGGCCAUAAUGACCAGCUUGAUGGACCACGAUAUAAAUGUACUGUAUCUCUGGACUUCAUCAGAGCUGUUGCCCGGACUGUGAACUUCGACAUAAUCAAGUACUUGUACGAUUUCUUGUGA